AUGGGUAGCACGGUUCGGCUGUCCAUCCACUGUCACAACGGACCACACAGUCCACAGUUCCGUUGUGCCCUCUUCUCAGCCCUCACCAGCCUCCUCGGAGCGCACCAUAUCCAGACUACCGCCUACCAGCCAGCGGCGAAUGGUUUGGUUGAGCGCCUGCACCGCCAGUUGAAAGUAGCCCUCACUGCGCAACCCUCCCGAUUACGCUGGGCCCAGCAUCUUCCUUUUGCGUUGCUCGGCAUGCGCGUCGCUGUCAAGCAGGACCUCCGGUGCGCACCAGCCGAGCUCGUCUAUGGUUCCCCUCUACGCCUUCCUGGAGACUUCCUCACCCCAAGCGCCGAUCAACCGCACCCGUCCCCCAGUGACUACGUUCGGGACCUAAAGGAGUUAUUCCGACACGUCACUCCCGUCCCACCUCGCAUGCCCACACGUCGCACAGUCUUCGUUAGCCAGGACCUAAGCACGGCGACGCAUGUUUUCGUCAGAAACGACCGUGCGAAGCCCUCGCUGACGCCGUCUUACUCCGGUCCCUAUCCCGUCCUAUCCCGGACCAGGGAUCGGAACCGGAACUGA